GACGUCAAACAGCUGGGUUGCUGAUAAGAUAAAGCAUCGCGUGGAAAAAUAAUUCCACUGCAGCGAAGUCAUUCCCCGCGAAUCCCGUGGGCCCCUCUAAUUUUUUCGGCGUUUGGAUCCGGUCAUUGGCUUGGAGAGAGAGACAUUUGGACCCUGACUCAAUCAAUUCGGUUUCCGUACUGUUUGGCUUUUGGGCUUUUGAUUCUCGUCAAUUAUCGCCUGUUUUUCCUCUCUUGACUCAUAAGAUACCUAGUACUAGUACUUAUUUCCCCUCUUUCUCCUCCAUCAUCAUCUCUCAAUUCUCUCAAUUCUCUCAAUUCCCUCUACUCUUGUGCCAAGUUUAGAUACAGACAUCGCCACCAUGCCUACCUCCGAAGACGGAAAGAAAAGAUCCCACGAUGUCGCAAGCAUCUCGGGCUCAUCAUCCAGCAGCGACGAUUCUCGCAGACGCCGUCGCGAGCGCAAGGAGAAGAAGAGAAAGAACGGCGAUGCUGUUGCUGUCAAUGGCGCAAAGCCGAGUGCGUUCGCUCAGCGUCGCAAUAGCUUGGCCAAAGCUUCGCGAGAUCCCCGCGAUGAACCCAUCCCCAAGAAGCGUCGCGCUGCAGCUCAGAGCGUUCCUGAAGAAGGCGCUGUGGUGAAGACUAGAUCUCCUAGUCCUGUCAUUGACUUUGAUGGGCUCAGUCGGCCCAGUCGUGGGACGAGAGAGCGGAGGGAGGAGACGGAGGAGCAGCAGGCUGAGCGAUUGGAUCGUAUGCGAGGUGCUGUGCGCACUCUGCUAGAGUGUGUUGGUGAAGAUCCUGAUCGCGAGGGUCUUCUCGACACUCCUUCGCGCUACGCAAAGGCGCUGCUCUUCCUGACCAAGGGAUACCAGGUCAAUGUUGAAGACAUCGUGAACAAUGCUCUGUUCAGAGAGGGACACAGUGAAAUGGUUAUCGUGAAGGACAUUGAAGUUUUCUCUCUGUGCGAGCAUCAUCUCGUACCAUUCACCGGCAAGAUGCAUAUCGGCUACAUCCCCAACGAGACCGUCAUCGGCCUUUCCAAGCUCCCCCGAAUCGCAGAGAUGUUCGCCCGCCGUCUACAGAUCCAAGAACGCCUCACCAAAGAAGUCGCCCACGCCAUCAUGGAGAUCCUCAAGCCCCAGGGCGUCGCUGUAGUCAUGGAGUCGAGCCACUUGUGCAUGGUGAUGCGCGGUGUUGAAAAGACGACUACCAGCACCAUCACGAGCUGUGUUCUUGGCUGCUUUGAGAAGAAGUCCAAGACGCGCAAUGAGUUCCUCAACCUUAUUGGUAUUAACCGAUAGAGUAAACCGGUCGGAGGUUUGAGCCGAAGCAAUCUUCAACAUGCUUAUGAUGGAAACGAUAAGCCUAUGAAGAACAUUCACCAUG